AUGCUUCUCAAACACGGCCCCGACAAACUUCCUCUUCGCGCAGCCUUCCGCACCGCAACGGGCAUGAGCCUCGUCUCGAUGCUUGCCAUGGAAGCAGCCGAGAAUGUUGUCGACUGGCAUCUAACCGGGGGUGUGGUCGCAAUCCACGACCCGACGUUCUGGGCCGCCGCGGCAGUGAGUAUCACGGCGGGUUUCUUGGCGCCGUUGCCGUACAACUAUGUUAGGUUGAGGAAAUGGGGGAGGAGUUGUCACUGA